CAGUUGAAUACAACUUUAAACAUGUGUGUAACUUUUGUAAGAUGAAGGUGACUGUUUAAUUGUGUUUUCAAAUUUACAAGUACAUUUAACUGUGUCAGUAUGCGUCUUUAAAACGUAGAAUAUUAUGAACAUUCCUAUUUUAAGAGUUGACUAAAAUGGAGGAGAGUCUACAAGAAAGGCAGGAAAAUGAACUUAAUGUACUUCAAGCCAUUUUCUUUGAUUGUGUCAAAGAUCUCAGAAAACAAGAUGUAUGGAAGGUAUGGCGGCCACCAGAAGUACAGAUUACACUGCAUCCACAACAAAGUAUGACAGCUGGGAAAGAAGUUCAUGUUCAGCUUGAUCUGAUUGUGAGGUGUACAGAAGACUAUCCAAAUGAGCCUCCUCAUUUUUCUCUGAAAAAUCCUGUAGGACUUUCAAACCAUGCAGUUGAAGAAUUAAGAGAACAAUUAGUAGAAAUAUCUGAAAAAUUGAAAGGAGAGGUAAUGAUCUUGGAACUGGCUCAGCAUGUUCAAAAGUAUCUUCAUCUUCACAACACACCUCGCUACCAAUCAUUUUAUGAUGAGAUGUUAAGUAAUAAAAAACAUUUGGAAGAGAAGCAGGCUGAAGCAUUAGAGAGGCAAAAAGAAAGACAGAAACUGCUUGAAGAAAAACAGAGGCAAGCAAUUCAAGAAGAAAUACAGAGGAAGAAAGAGGCUUUGAAAGAAGAAGCAAGAAAAAGAAGGGAACAAAUACACCAGGCUAGUCCUAGUCGCACAAGAAAUGAACAUGAAGAUAAAGAGAUUGUGGAAAAAUAUAAAAAGGAGAGAUCACCAUCGAUCAAUCGCUCUAAAAGUAACAGUCCUACACCAAAGCUUCCAACGUCUUCAAGAAGAAAAAGUACUUCAAGGUGUGAAGAAGACUGUGAUCAUGGAAAAAUUUCUGUUUUAACUUUUAACAAUAAAGACAAAAGAACCGUUCAACGUGGGCAUUGUCUUGGCCAUAGUCCUAGAGGAUGUGUAGUAUUUGUUGGGAUGGACACAAAUACUGGAGAGCUUCUGACUAUUACAGAAUGGGUUAUAAAAUGGAGACAUCUAGGUCGUAAACCUACAUCAGUUGAAAUGGAAGUAUUUCAUAAAGAAGCAUCAGCAUAUUUGAAACAGAUUUCAAGCAUAGAACAGGAGUUUGGAUCAUUGAUUCGACUUUGCCAUAGAAACCUGGUUCAUUAUUUGGGAUUGAAAUACGUGCUUGAGAAGGACAAAAUAGUUAUUCAUGUCUUACAACAACAUGUUUCAGGAAGUACAUUAUCACUCUACCUUUACGAAAACAUUCCUUUAGAAUCAUCAAUGCUAAGACACUAUGCUUGUGGAAUAUUGGAGGCUUUAAAUUAUCUUCAUAACAACUCUGUUGUUCAUAAAAACUUACGAGACACGAGUGUGUUCAUAGAAAACACAGGUUUAGUAAGAGUUGCUGAUUACAGCUUAGACAAGAGAUGCCUUCAGACAGAUGAAAGAGAACGGUGGAGUGCACAACAACUUUUAGACCAUCCAUUCCUUAAGCCUUUUGUUAGCAAGUCUCUAAGCAUCAAAAAUUGGAAGACAACAGAAGAAGUUCAUUAUAAAAAAGAAGAGGAAGAAGCUGAAAUAUUACUGCCUCCUAUGCUAACCAGUGAAACUACAGGACAUUCACGCUUGAAGGAUGAAUUUGUAAUUUUGAAAUGGCUCGGCAGUGGAGGGUUUGGGGAUGUGUUGAAAGUCAGAAAUAAGUUGGAUAGCAUGAAUUAUGCUAUAAAACGAAUUCUGUUGAAACCUUCAAACAAACAGUUAAAUAGGAAGAUAAUGAGAGAAGUUAAACUGUUGUCUCGUCUCAACCAUGAAAACGUUGUAAGAUAUUACAAUUCCUGGAUUGAAGUAACAACAGAAGUUCCUAAGAAACAAUCAGAAACUAGCUCAAGUACACCUAACACAGUAGGUACUUUGUCAGAAGACAUAUCAUCUCAAUCUGAAAAACUGGGCACGGGAUCAUUGGAAGUCUAUGAUGAUAUUGAAAAGCUGGCACCACCAGCAAAGGUUGAUGGCUCUAUAGAGUGGAGCAGCAUCUCUUACAGUUGUCACAGCUCUAAGCAACAAAUAAAAGAUGAUGAAAGCUCUGAUGAUGAUGAAGAAGAAGAUGUUUUUGGCACCUCUUUUCUCCCACGAUCUGACUCAUCUGAUUGUAUUGUAUUUGAACAAAAUGAAAAUAUUAUCACUGAAGAAGAGAAAUCAAAAAGCACAUGUGCUGUAAAAACAGAUUUUGAAUCAAAAACAGAUGAAACAGAAAAUAACCCAAGAAGCUAUCAGUUCAUGUACAUUCAGAUGGAAUUUUGUGAAAAAAGCACUUUGAGAACAGCAAUUGAUCAAGGUUUGUGUAAAGAAGUUGAAAAAGUAUGGCGCUACUUUCGGGAAAUUAUUGAAGGUCUAGUACAUAUUCAUCAACAGGGAAUGAUACACAGAGAUUUGAAGCCAGUCAACAUAUUUAUAGAUUCCAAUGAUCAUGUUAAGAUUGGAGAUUUUGGACUUGCUACCACAGACAUCAUAGCCAAACAGUCUGCUUUGACGGAGACCUCACAAGGAACUGGCGAUAAUAAAUAUCUUGAGGUUCCAGACAUUUCUAGAUCUGAUGUUUUAGGAGAUGGUAGUCUGACAGGACAAGUUGGGACUGCAUUAUAUUUAGCUCCUGAGCUAGCGUCAGCCACAAACUCGAAAACUCUUUACAGUCAGAAGGUUGACAUCUACAGUUUGGGCAUCAUAUUCUUUGAGAUGUCGUAUCCUUCUCCUCCCACCAACAUGGAAAGAGUCAAACUUCUCCUCAACCUUCGAAACGUUGACAUUAUAUUACCCACCGAUGUAGAGGUUCAUCUUUCCCCUCAACAGGUUUAUCUUGUGCAAUGGUUAUUGCAGCAUGAAGUUUCCACAAGACCAUCCUCUCAAGAACUCUUGUCAUCAGACUAUCUUCCUCCUCCCCAGAUGGAGGAGGCAGAACUUAAUGAGAUCUUACGCCACACUGUGUCUAAUCCUCAAAGUAAAGCUUUCAAACAGAUGGUUAAAUCUUUGUUUUUGCAACAGAUGCCACCUGUAGCAGACUUUACUUAUGACAUAGAUAUCCAGAAAGGAUUCAUUGUGAGGCGAAUGGCUGAUGCUUGCAGAGUUGCAUUAGACUUUUUGAGGAAUUUGAUGCAUAAGCAUGUGUCAGUGACUUUGAUUAUCUUGAUACAGAGUUUAGCCUUAUUCUCACUAUUAAAAAGUGAUGGAAAAUUGUUAAAUGUUCCAUUUGCUCGGUUUAUAGCUCGAAAAGAGAUAACUCAACUGAAGCGUUAUGACUUGGGAAAAGUUUUUCGGGAGAGAAAAGUAUAUGGUUGUCAUCCUCGUGAGCUGUAUGAAUGUGCUUUUGAUAUUGUUACUCCAAAUCAAGGAAGCCUUCUUCCUGAUGCCGAAGUAUUGUUUGUUGUCUCGGAAAUAAUUGAUGCAUUCCCAGCACUUCAGUCACACUCCUACCUCCGGUUAAACCAUGUUUCCAUUUUGAAAGCUGUUCUACUUUAUUGUGGUGUACAAGAUGAAAAACACUCAGAAGUUUAUAGAAUUCUUAGUGGGAGAAAGAAUGCAAACAUGACCAAAUUUCAAAUCCAGAGUCAGCUUAUAAAUCUGUCUUUAUCUGACCAGACUGUGGCUUCACUGUACCAGUUUAUAGAAAUUGAAACUUCAUUACAGAAACUUCAUUCAGUAUUACAACCUAUCAUAAAGAAGAAAGGACAGGUUGCAUCCUUGGCAAAACAAGCUCUCCAUGAAUUGGAUGUCAUUGUAUCUCAUUUGAUGGCUUUGGGUGUAAACUCUAAAAUCAAUAUAGUAGUUACUCCAGCUUUGGUAUAUAAAAUCACCAACUUCUCUGGAAUGUUGUUCCAAUUUGUGUGUCAAUUAAAGAAAAAAAACAGGAAAAGUGGUAUGGAAGUAUUGGCUGCUGGUGGGAGAUACGAUAAACUUGUAAGUAUGUUUCGAUUACCUCAAUCCAACCUUAGCUCCAAAGAGAUAAGUCAGUCUGCAGUUGGAGUCAGUAUUGCUGUAGAAAGAAUUGUUGGAGCUCUGACAGAAGAUGAACAGGAGAAAAUUAACCAAGAUGAGGGCUUUUACCUUUCUGUGUAUUUCAAAAAGAAGAUACGAACACUAGGUAAAGAGCGAUAUUCAGAGAUAAAAAGUUCCUUUGCUGAAGUUGGAGAGAAUAUUGUGAGACUUAUUAGAGAAAAAGUGGAUCAAGUAGACAGUAGCACCACCAAGGGAGAAAUCAGUCGUCUUGGGAGCUGUAGUACUGGUAAAGGUGAUACUUGUCGAACCGUCAGUGCUACCGAAGGAGGAAGUAACAGUAGCAUGUCUGUAGCAGACAUAGAUAUAACAUUUCUUUCACAAGAGAAGAUGUUAUUCAGUACCAAGAAACGAUAUGAAGGACAGAUUCAGUCCCAACUUGCUCCACUCGUACAGUGUUUAUCUUCAUCCUCACGAGUAGCUGUUGAGGUCCUGGCUUUGGAAGUUGAGCUGUCAGUCAUUAAAACUAUAGCUACUUAUUUAGAGCUGGACUCUGAAACAGCCUUUGAAGCCAGUAUAAGUGAAGUGAUGGAAAGGCAUGCACGGCACAGAAAAUAUCUCACUCGAGUCUGUGAUCAUAUUUAUGAACUGAGAUUCAACAAAAAGAAAGAUCAAAACCUUGUGAUCGUCCUGUCCAGUCUGAAGGACAACACUUACAGAGUUAUGUUUUCUUGAUGUAUCUGUUGUAAGAAGAUAUGUACAAACCAUCUAGAAUAUAAAGUUUUCUGGACUUUCAACAACUACUUCUAAAAAUGUUUUGUAUGUUCUGCCCUGUAGGAAUCAACUUUGCAUAAUUUUCAAUCAUCAUGUGGGAAAACAAGUACUUGAAACAUGUUCAUUGUCUUUGUGUUUAACACUAUGACUUUCAGUAAAAAAUAUUUUUGUACAAAUGACCUAAGAAAUAUACAGUUUGUAAUAGGUAAAUAUAAUGAAGCCAUACUAAAAUUUAGAAUAAAUAAUUAUAUUCAAACAGCUAAAUAUGGAAAAAGCACAGGAUUAAAAUACAAUAAAUGUUUCCUAGGUGAAACAUAGCAUAAUUUUAUUUAUUUAUUUUUUUUUUUACCUGUAACCAGGUUUUUUUCAUACAAUUUUUUUAUUUUUGGUAGGUGUUAUGCUCAUUCUAUCCCAUGAUUUCAAAAGUUAUUUGUCAAUAGGCUUAAAUAUCUAUGCCAUUGAUAAGUAGUAAUUAUUUAAUGACAGUUAUAUUCUGUUGAUUAAAAUUUUUAGUAAAAAAAAGUAAACUCAGAGCCUCCAGCCAGCUUGUUUUUCUUUCUAUAUUGUAACAUAGUAAGUAUCAUUGCACCUAGAAACCAUUUUUUUGUAAUUAGACAAACUCUUCCUACGAUAAGCUGAAUAUAUCAUUUAGAAUGGUAAUGGUGGUUAGAUCAGUUAAAGACUGUGUAAAAUAGAUUAUAAUAUUAUUUAAUACUGCUGAUUCAUAUAAAGCUUUUUUUUAAAUAAAUGAACUGUUAAUUCAUAAAUAUCUUUCUAUUUUUAUUUAGUCAGUUAGACCAUGAUUAAGUUAAAGCUGUUGAACUUGGACAUUUAUAUUCCAAAUUUUAAAUGUUGACGAGUUAGUCUGUUUAUGAAAGUAAUCCAAUAACUUAUCACUGUAGUAGCUCUGUUUCAGAUGUUCACAAAGACUUUGACUUUCUGUGAAAUAUGAAGGUGUGUGUACAAGAGAACUAGAACCAUUUUGGAAUUUUACCAGUCAGCUGUAUUCUUGUUGAAGGUAUUAAAAACCAUAUAAAACCA